AAGGAACAGAAAAAAAAUUGAAUACUUAGGAGUGGAGAAAGGAAUAUAUUGUAUAGUUCGGCGGUGAGACGUUGAAUGGACCGUAUAUACUUGGUCAUGUUAAAGGAAUUCCCGUAUCAAUUUUACCGCUUUUGUUCCGAUUGUUUAUCCUCCAAGCAAAAGUGACCAAAAUAUUAUUGGAUUAUUUACCCAGCUAUUUAAGAAUUAAAGCAAUAUUAUUUCUUUAGCCCCUGCUUUGUCAAGUCCAGAAGACGAUCGGCAUUAAACGAGAUUGACACGGGGAUCGACCCUCUCCGCCAACCCGCAACACCCGUGCUUCUUGAAUUUGAAGAAGGAAUAUAAAAAAUAUUAAUUUUCAUAUACUCAGUAUUUGAAGAAAAGGAUUGAGAUCUCAUUCGAUCAAAGAAAAACAGGUUUUGUUUUUGGAAGAACGAGCUGGAUACUUCUGAAGUUGAAAAAUGUAUUACAAAAUAUUUAAGAUAUCGUGGAUGAUUUAAAGGACUCUUGACUGAGAUUAAAUGAGAUUUGAUUAAGAUGAUAUCCAUGACAUAAGUAGGUAGUUGAUACUUCGAAUGACUCUUACUAUUCCUGAUGGAUUCCCCGCGAUGACAUCGAAGUUUUUGCUCAAUGGAUUUCUAUUAAUUCUAGUCGGGAUUCUUGUUUUGCCGGUGGAAAGCACGUGGUGGUUUAUCAGUCAGUUGCCGCUCCAUGCCGUAGGCGCGGGGGUGUUGUGUGAUAACAUUCCGGGACUCGCCGGUCGCCAGCGCCGCCUCUGUCGGAUGCAUCCGGGGGUGAUGGUCAGUCUCGGGGAGGGGGCCAAGAUGGGCAUCAAGGAAUGCCAGAGCCAGUUCCGGUUUCAUCGCUGGAACUGCAGUACUCUGGACAGGGACGCGUCUGUGUUCGGGAAAGUUAUGUUGAAAGUAGGGAGCCGAGAGUCUGCCUUUGUGUAUGCCAUCUCUUCGGCGGGAGUUGUUCACGCCAUCACACGAGCUUGCAGCAAGGGUAACCUACUACAAUGUGGGUGUGACCCCACCAAGGUGGGAAAAGGGAGGGACAAGUCGGGCUGGUUUGAGUGGGGAGGAUGCAGCGACAAUGUGCGGUGGGCCAGCCAUUUCUCCCGGAUGUUUAUUGAUGCAAGAGAACGGAGAGUGCGUGACGCACGCGCACUGAUGAAUCUCCAUAACAACCGUGCCGGAAGACGGGCUGUCAAGAAGUUUAUGAAACUCGCCUGUAAGUGUCAUGGCGUGAGCGGUGCUUGUACCAUUAGAACCUGUUGGCAAGCUAUGCAACCUUUCCGACGUGUUGGAGAAUACCUGAAGCGGAAGUACAACGGCGCCACCCACGUCAUGAUUGACCAAGGGGGCUCAGGAAUAGUUGUCGCAAAUCACCAUUUCAAGAAACCAACACGGAAGGAUUUAGUUUAUAUGGAGGCCUCUCCAGAUUACUGUGUACGGGACCUUUCUAUUGGGUCACUUGGUACAGCAGGUCGCCAGUGCAACAAGGCAUCACUGGGGACAGACGGAUGUGACAUCAUGUGUUGUGGGCGGGGCUACGACACAGAGACUGUGACGCAAUUUGACAAAUGUCACUGUAAAUUCCACUGGUGUUGCCAUGUCAAAUGUAAACUUUGUUCCAAGCGCGUGGAUAUUCAUACUUGUAAGGGACCUGGUCUCCAUGAUAAUGGCAAUUCUCUGAAUGGAUAAAAGUUUUCCAUCUUGUAAUGUCACCCACUUUGGAAAGUGCAAUUUUAAGGAGUGCUAUAGGACUGUGAUGUCAGGUGACUUGGCACCGUCACAAUAGUGACAAAAGACCGCGAAAAUUUUGAAUACAGUAUUUAUUGAAAUAUUUAUAUUGGCUUUGUUUAUAUCGUAUUUAUUUGUUUUUCUAUUGUUAUGUUUCACGUUUCUCAAUCUUAUACAUUAUGUAUUAAAAUAUGUUCUCAUUAAAAAUCAAGAUAAAUCAUCGAUUCAUAAAAA